CAACCGAACAGCAUCUAAUUGGCCGGAAUGGCAGCUGCACCUGUUAUCAUACCAUCAGUGGCGAAGCACACAUCUACGCUAAUCUUCCUUCAUGGCCUUGGCGAUACCGGCCAUGGUUGGGCCACCUCCAUGGGGGCGCUUCGCACGCCCGACAUGAAGGUAAUCUGUCCAACAGCACCGAACAUGCCGGUUACGAUGAACGGGGGCUUUCGAUUGAACUCGUGGUUCGACCUUAAAUCCAUCUCGAUCAGCGACCCGGAAGAUGAGGAAGGCAUCAAGAAGGCGACCCGCUACGUGCACGAACUCAUCCAGAGCGAAAUGAAGGCCGGCAUCUUGUCGAACCGGAUUAUGCUCGGAGGCUUUUCGCAGGGUGGCGCACUGGCCCUAUACGCUGGGCUAACGUUUGCGGAACCGUUGGCCGGUGUGAUGGCACUUUCCUGCUGGUUGCCACUGCACAAAAGUUUCCCGAGUGUGCGAAAGUGUCCAGAUACGGUGCCGGUGCUUCAGUGUCACGGUGACUGUGAUCCGAUUGUGUUCUACAAGUUUGGUCAAUUAUCGUCCAGUGUGUUGAAAUCGUUCAUGAAAAACUCACACUUUCAAACGUACCAAGGGCUGGGCCAUAGCUCCUGUGAUGCGGAGUUGAGCGAUAUGAAGAAAUUCAUCGAUGAUCAUGUUCCUCGCCAGUGA